UGUCGGGCGAGGCAGACGCGAGGCGAGCGCGCCGCGCGCCGCCGCGGCUUAUCACCUUAUCACUCUUAUCACUUACUCAUCGCGAAACCGAUACCGUACCCUAACCAUUCACCAACACCACACGUGCGAAAUCAAAGCGCCUCCCAGUUUUUGAACAUGUUUAUAAUUAGUACCAGUGCCGUAACAAAGUUUGUUUUUAUAGUGUUUCUGUGCGAAUAUGUUGUUGCACAAGCCCAGCAGCAGCUCCAGAACAAGCUGGCCUGCAUAGAGCAUGAGGAGUGCGGCGCGUGCCUGUCUGCCGCGUCACACUGUCGCUGGUGCGCUGACCCCUACUACAAGUCAGCUGUGCCUCGCUGCAACGACGAUGAGAGCCUGGUGUCAGCGGGAUGCAGUCAAGCCUCGAUACAGCGGCCGGAGCCCCCUGUAUGGUCAGUGGUAGAAAACAAGACGCUGCAAGACCUGCAGCCAGGCAGCCAUGAGGUGGACAACGUGGUGCAGAUCCAGCCGCAGAGGGUCCACCUGUCUUUGAAGCCUCGGGAAACAAAGAAGAUAUCGUUCUCGUACAGACCAGCAAAGAACUAUCCUCUGGACCUGUACUAUCUGAUGGACUUGACCUGGUCCAUGAAGGAUGAUAAGGAGACCCUCGUCUCUCUCAGGGAUGACCUGCCAGUCAUGCUGCAGAACCUUACUGAUAACUUCAAACUAGGUUUCGGCAGCUUCGCGGAGAAGCCUCUGAUGCCGUUCAUCAGCAUGGAUCCUCGCAGGAAGGCCAACCCGUGUGCCGUAGAAGAGGAGGCGUGCGAGGCCACGUACAGCUACCGACAUCAUCUGUCGCUCACCAAUCAGGUAACAGACUUCAUACAGAACGUGAACCGUAGUUCAGUGACGGCAAAUCUGGACAACGCGGAGGCCCAGCUAGACGCACUCGUGCAAGUCGUCACUUGUGGAGACAGGAUCGGAUGGUCGCAGCACAGCAGGAAGAUCGUCGUCAUGCUGUCUGAUGGGUCCAUGCACACUGCUGGCGACGGGUUACUGGGAGGAGCAACAAGGAAGAACGACGAGAAUUGUCAUCUAGAUGAAAACGGCUACUAUUCAGAAGCGGACAUAUACGACUAUCCAUCCGUGGCACAAGUGUACAGACUGCUAGAUAAGCACAAGGUGAACGUGAUAUUCGCCGUGACUGAAGGCGUUAAGGAUCACUACGACAGUUUGCACAAACUCCUGGAAGACUUCACUUACGUGGCGAAGCUUGAAAGUGACAGUUCCAAUGUGCUGAAACUGGUUAAAACCGGUUACGAGGAUGUAGUCAGUGUGGUGGACUUCGAUGAUAACUCUAGCAAGGGCCCAGUGAAGAUAAAGUACUUCACAGAUUGUGGUAAAGGUGGGCAGAUGAUGGAGACGACGAGAUGCACCGGAGUGGAAUUUGGAAUGACGUUGAAUUACGAGGCUCAUGUUACCCUGGAUGCUUGUCCGGAGUUCAAAAGGUCGAAGCAAGUGAUAACAAUAUCAGAGAGUCAGCUGGGCCAGGACUCUCUGUCUCUGGAGGUGGACAUCCAGUGCGGCUGCAGCUGCCAAGAGGAGUCGCAGUCCAACGUGUCCAUUACGUGUGGUGCUAAUAAACAUCUGGUGUGCGGCGUCUGUCUCUGCAACAAGGGAUGGUCAGGUCCUGACUGUGACUGCUCGAUAGAAGACGAGGCAGCCUCAGCGGCGUUAGAAGCGCAAUGUCGUCAACCGAACGCAACUCGAGCGAUCUGCUCCGGAGUAGGCGACUGUCUGUGCGGUCGCUGCGAGUGCGAUAGAGGGUACAACGGGCGCUUCUGUCAAUGCAAAACUUGCGAGAUUAGUCUAGAAAACGGCAUGGAAUGCGGCGGCGUGGGUCGCGGCACAUGCGUGUGCGGCGAAUGCGUGUGCGCACAGGGCUGGAGCGGGCCCGCUUGCGAGUGCACGCAGAGGAACGACACCUGCAUCGCGCCGGGGCACGGUGACGUGUGCUCGGGGAGGGGCGAGUGCGAAUGUGGUGUUUGUAAGUGCUCAAUGGCAGAUGAAGACGGUGGCAGGUACACCGGCGCCUACUGUGAGACGUGUCCGACUUGCGAGAACCCCCUGUGUGCGACUGCGCAGCUCUGUGUGGCCUGUCACCUCAACAGCAGUUGCACCGACCUCUGUACUAUCGGCAAUAUCAACUAUACUGUCAUUGAAAGGCUUAACGAUCCAGUACUAGACAGCGCAGACGAAAACUCGUGCAUAUUGCGACGAGAAGAAGACGAUUUGGAGUGUGACUACAAGUUCACCUACACAGCUGGAACUCGAGCCAUGGUUGCCAUGGAGAUAGCUAUCAGGAACAAGCAAUGUGGGCAACCGACCAGCGCCAGAAUCAUGACCAGUGCUUUCGUCAUCAUGGCAUGUGUUAUAGCUGCAGGUAUAGUCGUAAUUUUAGUAGUAAAAAGUGCCCAGAUCGUCUCAGAUAGACGGGCCUACGCCAAAUUUGAACAAGAAGCGCAGCAAAGUAUGAAACAAUCACACGGGCUCAAUCCGUUGUACAUAUCGCCGAUUUCGGAGUUCAGGUUACCAGAUUCGUACCCAAGGGACGAAAACUUAUGAACGUGUUCGAGUUACUUUUUAUGUAAAUAUUUAUGCAAUUUUGGACUGUAUUACUUAGGUUAAAACUAGUUGUUUUGUUUUACUGCGAUUUCUAUUAAGCACCUUUGGCACUUUGCCGUCUACUUACUUAGUAAAAUAAAAUAUCUUCUUUGCAUAAUAUAGAUCUACUAAUAUUUCAAUUAGCUUCAAUGUAUCUAAAUUAAAAAUGUAUAAAAUAACUACCUAGUUAUUCAAAAAUGUUGAAAUAUUUAAUGACUUACUGUUAAAGCCUUACAGAUGUACCUACCGAUUGUUUCGGGUGUAUUUCAGGUAAUUUUAGGUUUAGUUAUACUUACUCGAGUUAAGUAGUUUGAAUUUUAACGCCUUUGUUUUCACGAUUUUUGUACACCUUUUUAAAUAGUUAGUUAUGUUGGGAUGUUUCCUAUUUUUUAGUUUUACUAGUCUAACAAUUGUUUUAAUAAACAGUGUAAUUUAUUCAAUGUUAGUAACAAUCGAAGUACAAAUAUCUUUCCAAAACAGAACAUAUUUUUAUACAAAUGCGUAUUCGAAUAGGUUUUAAAUAUUUUGCUAGUCUUUUCAAUAUUGUACUUACAUCUAUUAACGUACUUAUUUAGCACUUAAAUAGAUUUUAAAGUUCCUAAAAUUAAGUUACAAAUAAUUGUUUAAAUGAAAACUGUUUUGUAAAGUAUUAAAGGAAGGAAAAAGUAAAAAUCAUUUGUUAAAAA